UUUUUUUUUUUUUUUGUUUGUUUUUUUGUUUACAGGCUUUUAUGAGAGCUUUGACAAUGGAGUUGUUUUUAGUUUCAAUCUUUCUAGCAAGCAUCAUCAUCAUCAUACCUUUCGCUCUCAAUAUAUUUUCUCCUUAUGUUUGGAAGGAUUUUAUUUAUUUCGGGGAUCUAAUUCGGAUUUUAGUCAAGUUUGUUUCGAGGCGAAGAAGGAGACCUCUCUUCUUUGUUGUGGACCGAUUCUUGGAGCAAACCGCCUCGUAUCCAGAGAAGCUGUUCAUAGUGUUUGGAGAUGAGAGCUACACGUACACCGACGCAGACAAAAAGAGUAACCAAAUCGCCAACGCGCUCCAGGCUCACCCCGGGUACAAAGCUGGAGACACCGUCGCACUUUUCAUGGGGAAUGAACCCGCCUUCAUGUUUACCUGGCUGGCUUUGGCAAAACUCGGCUCUCCUGUCGCUUUUCUAAAUCAUAACAUCCGGACCAAAUCACUGCUGCACUGCUUUAACUGCUGUCAGGCCAGCGUUUUGAUAGCAGCUUCAGAGCUGAAGGAGGCAGUGGAGGAAGUGCUGCCUUCACUGUUAGAGCAAGAUGUCACCAUCCUUCUGAUGACCAAACAUUGUGAAACACCAGGAAUUGAAAGCUUCUCUGAUCAAGUGGAAGAGGCAUCAGACGCCCUGAUCCCUCGAUCCCUGAGAUCACACGUCACAUUUAAAAGCCCUGCGGUCUACAUUUACACCUCUGGAACUACUGGUCUCCCUAAGGCAGCUGUGGUGAACCAGAACCGCCUUUUAACCGCUCUGGCUGUUUUAUCCUCUAAUGGUGUAACACCAAAAGAUACUAUUUACCUCAACCUGCCUCUGUAUCACACAGCAGGGUUUGUUGUUGGCUUCAUUGGGCCUAUUGAAACAGGUUCAACUAUAAUUCUGAAGAGGAAGUUUUCUGCCUCUCAGUUUUGGGAUGACUGCAGGAAAUACAAUGUGACUGUUGUCCAGUACAUAGGAGAAGUGAUGCGCUACCUUUGUAGUACACCAAAGAGAGACAACGACAAGGACCAUAAAGUAAGACUGGCCAUUGGCAACGGUAUCAGAGCAGAGGUUUGGAGAGAGUUCCUCAGUCGUUUUGGCAACAUUAAGAUUCUAGAGUUUUAUGCCUCCACUGAGGGAAAUGUGGGAUUCGUCAACUAUGCAGGGAAAAUAGGAGCUGUUGGACGAGUCAGCUUUUUGCACCAGAAGCUGUUUCCCUACACUCUUGUGAAGUACGACACUGAGCGAGAUGAACCGAUGCGAGAUGCAAACGGCCUCUGCAUUGAGUCACCCAAAGGAGAAACGGGUCUGCUGGUGUCAAAGAUUACAGACAUUGCUCCUUUUGUUGGCUACGCCAAAAACAAAGAUCAAACGGAGAGGAAAAAACUUCGUAAUGUUCUCAAAAAGGGGGAUCUUUACUUCAACACUGGAGACCUGAUGAGGAUCGAUGAGGACAACUUUAUUUACUUCCAGGAUCGUGUUGGUGACACAUUCAGAUGGAAAGGUGAGAAUGUUGCCACUACUGAGGUGUCUGACAUCCUGACGAUCACUGGUUGUCUCCAAGAAGCAAACGUUUAUGGAGUACAAGUCCCAGGACAUGAGGGGCGGAUAGGGAUGGCAGCUGUCACUGUGAAGAAAGAUGCACAGUUUGAUGGAAGUGCCAUGUAUAACCAUGUUGUCAGCUACCUGCCCUCAUAUGCACGACCUCGCUUUGUGAGGAUACAGAAUGCUGUGGAGUUGACAGGAACUUUUAAGCAGAUGAAGGGGAAGCUGGUGGAGCAGGGUUUUGAUCCAGGAUGUAUUCAGGACCCUCUUUACAUCCUAGAUGAUCAUGUUAAGAGCUACAUACCCCUGACUGCUCAGUUCUAUGCCUCCAUUAUAUCAGGAAGCAUCAAACUAUGAGCAGAUUCCCGGGCCACACAAACUGUGCAGACUUUUUCCGUUUAGCUGUUCUGAAGUUUUUAUAUAAUGAACUUUCAGCUCAGGGGCACAAUGGUCUUUUUAAAAAUCCUUACCUCCCCUUCUU